GCAGGCUCGAUGUACGCACGCACGAACGGGAUCGUGGCGGAAAACCCGCCCCAACCGCAUCGUCACCGCCCGCCGGCCCGCCAAGGUACCGCCUUUAGCUCCCCUACCGGCCGACCCACGAAACCCGGCGCGGAGGGCAGAAGCGGCGGCAGCUAGGAAGAACGCUGACGUUGGAAGAGGGGGGAGGCGGCGGCAUUUUGCUUUUUUAUUGUGCCAGGGUUGACUGCCCAGCCAGCCCCACGCCAGACCAGCUCUCGCGGGGCUGGCAGUGGGGAAACGGUUCGCGCCGCGAAAAGGCCGCGUCAGUUGGUGGCAGCGCAGCAGGCACCCCGCUUCGGCGUGGCACAACUCUCGUGUGCCACCACGGCCACCGGCUGGUUCCUUUAGUGCGAACGAAAACGAGGCGUUCGGACGUCGCUCGGCUCUGCUGGUUUUCGAAAGCCCGCAGAGGCUGACAGAGUGGACCUCGGUGUGUGUGGUGAAAGAGAGGACGGGGGAGGGUGCCGGGAAAGAUAGUGAUCGCGAGUGGAGGGGUGACGAGAGAAAAGAAAGAGAAGGGAGUGAUGUGUUGUGCGGCAACGUCGCGGCAGCGACAGCAUCGGGAGCAACGACGUCGGCACGACGGCAACAACCGGAUCGGUGAAACCGGCAACCGUGGCGGCCCGUUGGCCCUUCUUCGGGUUGCUCUGCGCCUGCGACGACGACCGCUGCUGUCGUGAAUGUGGCCGUUCCGCGACGCCGCCGACCACGGACUACUACUACCACCACUACUACGCGCGACCAGUGAGACGACGGCGCCGUGUCGACGUCUUCGCAGGUGUCUCCGCCCGAGCGGUCGGUGCCGUGAUCCUCCCUCCCGGCUGUGCUUCGCUGCUAGAGGCCCACCGGGGGGUUGACUCGGAAGAAUUGGAACGUUGAAAGACAAGAGUGCUUCGCUGCUGAAGCGAGACAGCGUCGGGCCAUUCGACGUGUACUCCAAAAAGCGGCGAACGAAGCUUUGAGAAGAAGAAGGGUCGUCGUCGUCGUCUUCGGAUCUGUGCAUGUCCAUGCAGUUCGGUCCGACGGCCGGCGCGGUCUCAUCGGCGAGCAUGCUCCCUUCGUUCGGCUUCACCCAGGAGCAGGUGGCGUGCGUAUGCGAGGUGCUGCAGCAGUCGGGCAACAUCGAGCGGCUGGGCCGCUUCCUGUGGUCGCUGCCCGCCUGCGAGCACCUGCAGAAGAACGAGAGCGUGCUGAAGGCCAAGGCCCUUGUGGCCUUCCACCGGGGCAACUUCAAGGAACUGUACCGAAUCCUGGAAUCCCAUCACUUCUCCGCUGCCUCGCACCCCAAGCUGCAGGCCCUCUGGCUCAAGGCGCACUACAUCGAGGCCGAGCGGCUCCGGGGUCGGCCGCUGGGCGCAGUUGGGAAGUAUCGGAUUCGCAGGAAGUUCCCUCUGCCCCGGACCAUAUGGGACGGCGAGGAAACGAGCUACUGCUUCAAGGAGAAGUCGCGGAACAUCCUGCGGGAGUGGUACGCGCACAACCCGUACCCGUCGCCCCGGGAGAAGCGAGAACUCGCCGAGGCCACGGGGCUCACCACGACGCAAGUGAGCAACUGGUUCAAGAACCGCAGGCAGCGGGACAGGGCCGCCGAGGCUAAGGACAGGGACCCGAACGACAAGCUGCCCACAAAAGGUUCGGGCAACAGCAACCACUCGAGCAAAUCGGGCUCGGACUCCGGCGGCUGCAUGAGCCCCCCGGACAGCAGCACCUUGCUCAAGUCGGACCGGCACCACGGCGGAAGCAACAAGGCUUCUCCUCCGCCUCCUUCCUCCAUCGUCACUUCCGGAAGCCUGUCCCACCACUUGCACUUGGGCGGGCUUCCGGGAAGCCCGGCCACGCCCACCACCGAACUGUCGUUGCACCACCCGCACAGCAUGAACGGCCUGUUCGGCUCGGACCUGAAGAGUCCUUCUUCGACGGGACCUCCGGUACUCGCGCCUUCGGUGCAUCCAACGUCUACAGCUGACGGCAGCGGCGGCCGCAGCGGCGGCCGCGGCAGCUUCCGGAGGGGACCCCAGUUCCGUACUUCCGGGCACCGGGGCCAGUGGGUUCCGGCUCGGACAUCCGCUGGUAUCGGCAGCGGCGUUGAGCGACCUCAGCCUGGGCCUGACGCCCGACUACCAGGCCUUAUGACAAUCAGUCGCGGGGACCACCGCCGGAGAGUCGGCGUGGUCCCCGCUCUGCCUGCUUCCACCUGAGCCGCACCUGAUGGCGGCGCAGUCCAGGGGAGCCGCGGCCGCCGCGGCAGCGGCCAGGACCGAAUCCAUGUUCUGCACGUAACUGGGCCCGGACUCGUGCAGUCGUUUACUUGAACAACGCUCAGCUCCUGGACAAGAGAACGCCCCCACGUCCUGGAGCUCAUGGAGGCCCAGUGCAAAGGACCACGGCCUGUCCCUCGCCGUAGCGCAAUCAGGAUGACACCGGCUCUAUGCUGCAGGAAAGACUACUUCGUGGGCUCAUCCUUGAAACCGCUCACAUGUGUCAAUCCUGGCGAGGGUGUUUGGAUGGUAGACACUGCCGUGGCCAUGGAGACAGGCACCUUGCCAGAAGUGACCGUGCGCAUUCUUUUGUGUGGUCACCGGAUAUGACUACGACGCUAGAUCCUAAAAAUCCAUUAAACAGCGAAGAGGCGUAUGCGCUGGACUUUCUUAUGCUAUGUUCAGUUGAGGAAUGACAUCGACGGCUACAAGGUGUGACAAGACGGUGGCGGAAUUCCCACGGCGACAAUCGCAAGUUUCAGAAUCGUGAGAAUAGCCGAUUCUAUAUGCUGUCAACAAAAUUGCCUUGGCCAGAGCGUGCUACAUUGCAACGCAUACCGACGAGCGUGUUCCUCACUGCUCUUCACUUACGAAUGUCCCUUUCGGGGAACCACCUAUGCCAGCCUAAAGGUAAUGAAAAGGCCCAUUUGCUGAAGAAAACGAAAUCAAAAUCUGUUUUUGUUCACGCAAUAACGAAUUAGACUUCGCGCUUUCGACAUCUGACAUAUUCACUUGCCGAAUAAACAUAUAUAGGAGUAGGAGAAAAAGGCUGAUAAGAAGGUUUAUGACAGUAAGCAAUGUCCACAACAACCUGCCAGCUUUGUCAUCACCUCUAGCGGACUGCCUCCAUGACAUCCCUGCUGGUGUACAGUGCAAGCAUGUCUGCCACUACGUAAGCCAGAAAUUAGAGUGACGCCAGCUUUGAAACGUUGGGUGGACUGUUAAGCCGUUCCCGAGCAUGCUAGUCUUUAAGUGUUAAGCUCGGAGGUUUGCCAUGAGGAGUCGUCCAAGGGACACGACACUUUGUGUGCACCGUUGUGGAUGGAUGUGUGAUUGUGCGCGAAUAAUUGACGAAGUGUGGUGUGGGAUAAAAUCAAUCACCAGCUGUGCUGCAAAGCGAAAAGACGAGGCAACAUUGCGUGGUUUUGCGACUCUGCAAGCAGCCUCGCCAGCCGCGUCGGGACACUCAUGCUGACUCAUCCAGCGCAUUACUCUUAACACUCUUGUGGUUGUUCCUGCCCCACGUAAUCUUGCAAGGAGUGUGCCAGCAAGGGGACAGUCAGCAUUGCAUUCGGUAUUUCUACAAGAGAAGUACAUCGUGAGCUAAGCGACAACGAUUGCGUCAAAACUAGCAAGACAAAAAAGAGCCUUGAGUCGGAAACGAGACAGGGCCAACGAAACAUUCGCUUCAAGCAGAUAGCUUUGAAGCCGUGCUGUGUGCCCCGACGCAGAAACCCGUGGUGUUAUGGUGGUUUGCAGUGGCGUGUGCUCACGUGUGGAAAUAAGGUGGCGAGUGAACUUGCGCGUCUCACAGCAAAAUACAGAUUUCCCAGCGUCGUCAGCAAGGACCAGGAGGCGUUUCCAAAGCCAACUCGACAGAAUAAAGGCAGCAGGACCACGUAUAUAUCGAGAACGAGUGUAUAGAUGUAGACUAUGAUCCUGACGACGUCAACCCUGGACUGUUUCCUUUCAUCGUUCCAGAAAAGAUCUUGGACAUAUUGCGCAGUCUGUAUGUGCGCCUGUGCAUGUUUGUGCCGGCCAGAAGAGAGAAUUUGGACUCUCGACUGAAAAGACUUUUGCACGAAAAUGUGGUUAUUAUGAUAUAUGUGCGCACAGCAAGCCCUUCCCUCUUUUUUCCCCUUCGUUUCGUGUAUAGAUUCUAGUCUUUCGCGCUCUCAGACGAGAGUUCAUGUCACGUGCAAUGACAGCACGUCGCUUUUGCCGCUGUCUCUCGACGACUUCGCGAACGUGCACCACCAAUCGCGUGCAGAUGCCUCUCACUGACGUCACUACGACUUCUACUCAAAUACCAGGGACUCCUCAGAGAUUUCUCGCCCUCCGCUACUUAGUAAUACGGAAAAGAGCACUACGAACUUUUACUCAUGUUACGUAAGAUGAGUUUGGGCUCCGUAGGUAAGGAUUUUAAAUGGCACAAGCUAGUUUCCAGUCAUGUCUUUUAUGAUCACUAACUGGUAGCGAGUACCCGCCUAUAUUAUAGAGAGUAGCUGCUUAUUCCGCGUUACUCCAUUUCUUCGAUAUCACCUGCACAAUAAGAAGCGUCACUCCAGUUUGGAUUCCAACCUGGGUCAUGCCUCGCGAGAGAGGAUCACUGUACUGUAAUGGUAUCAAUGCUUGUCGUAAAACUCUACAACAAUUUGUAUAGCUAACUGGCACAACAUCUCUGAGGUCCCUGACCAGCUGUGUCACUCACCACUGGAGAUCUCCGAGGCCUGCCCAUACGGGCUCCUCCCUAGAUGUCGCCGUGAUGAUGCAGCUGAGGCUGUCCAGAAAGGUACAAUAUCGUCGCACCUCAUCGUCAGCGCCUCAAUAUUAGAAAUUGCUUUUUAGAAGUUAAAGGGUGACGAAACAAGCGGAACUACAGUGAAAUUAUCGCGCGCUUAUUCGCUGCUACUUGCACAUUUCUAGAAUUUUGCGUGCGCAGAUCAAUGGGAAUUCCGCGAGACUCGGCCGCAACCUGUACAAGUUUCGUUUUGACGUCACGUGCAAGGCAUCUGUACAGUUUUGAACGACACUUCCACUCGACACAGGAAAAAAAAAUAAUAAUAAUGCGAGUGGCGACCCGAAGCAAUAGCCGAGUUGUUCAGGCCAGCACGAAGGCAGCACUGCAGUCAGCGCUGACGGCAAGCGCACGAAGGAGAUACAUUUAUUUUUGUUGUUUCGUACGAUCACCACAGCGUUGAAGUGGUGCCGCCAGUGCUGGAACGUAUACGACUUCGCCUGUAGCCCGCAAAUGCUGGCAGGUAUAAACAGGCUUUCUUUUUUUCUUUUCUUUUCCUUUCUUUACUUCUUUUUUUUUGGCGUUAAUAUCCAAAAUAUCUUGUGACAGAACGAGCCGCCGUAUCGUCAGUUUUAACGAGUGAUGGACGAUAGUCUGGCCAAAUGCAGCUUAACCUGACUAUAACAAAGCCGCACUGUAGGCAUAGAUUUGUUUCGUUGUAUCACAUAUUCGUUAUAAAGGUAAACGCAUGAGUUUUGCUGAACAAAUCUGUAGUUGAAACGCCCUCGUUGAAGAAGCUUGAAGGCAAACUACGUGACCACAAGAACACAGGCGAGCGUAUAGAAGUCGUGCCUCGAUAUAAGCCAGCGUAUUCUUGCCUAUCCGCGGCCUCGAAAUUAGGGGAAAAGACGCAGUGGAGAACGAGAAUAUUUGAUAUCGUAAGGAUCACUGUUAAUCAAACUCGUGUGAGGCUUUGUAUUCUACCAAUAUAUAUGGUGCAGCCACCUAAGGUAGGCAUUUUGCGAACUGGAUUACUGAAACCCUCGUAGUGGUUGAGACAUUUAUAAUGAAUAAAUUUUGCAGCUGCCUAGUCGAUAGACACAAAAAUUUCCUUCGCUGUAUUUUAUGGAGUACUUUACAUUUCCAGUUCAAUUAUAGCGGCUGAAAACUAUUUAUGGCUCUUGCAACGAAAUUUUACAUUCAAUUGAUUUUAUCAAAUAGUUCUUUAUACCAGCGCUUGUUAUAUUGCAGUUCCACUGAAUACCAACACGGAGGAAAAGAAACUACUUUUUUUUUUUCUGGAAUCCCGUGUACGGAAAGAUAAGCUCGCGAUGUAGUAGCUGUCGAAUGUUUUGAUUGUUUCGGGUUUCAUGUUGACACUUUCACACCGUGUUGUUUUUUCGGCAAGUCCUAACGUGUGUCAAGAGAUCACAAUAUUUUUUUGUGCUGUAUCUGCUGUUUUCUUUUCUUCUUCUUCUCUCUGGUGUUUUCAUUUCUCAUUUUUUUUUCUUCAUUUUCGUCGCCUUUUGAGGUUUCCAGCUGUUGUGAUAGCGGUGUAAAGUAAUAUUCCAAGGCACAAUGUUUUUUAUCUGUCUCUGUUUUUUUUUCUUUUCUUUUGCGGGCUCACAUGGACGAAUGCAAGUUUUCGCGGGCUAGAUGGCUAGAGUAAUAUUCGACUGCUGUUACGUUAUGGUAGCAAGCAGUUUCGCGUUCUCGAGAUCACAUAGAGAUAGGAAGAUGCCAGCACACGAAAUCACUGAAGGGACAUUAAUGAUAAAGGAUAAUUGAGUGAACUGUGAUCGGAGCGGAGGCUUAAUAAGGAAGAAAGCCCGUAGAAGCACCGCCACCCGACAAUUCCCACAUCAACAAAAUUCUGACAUUGUAAGCUCGGAGCUAGUUAUUCGUUUACUCACUAAGGAAGAUUGCAUUGCUCACGAAAGUAAAGCCAAGGAACUUUUUUCUACUUGUUUUCCUUCUCGAAGGCAGUAAGAACCCCAGAAGAUAUUGCGAGAAGCACGUGACGUCACAGUUACGUCAUUGUGAUCACAGUCUGGGCGCGGAAUUCAAGAAGCUUUCCGUUAGUUUUCUGCGCUUGUAAUGAAUAUGCUUUUCGGCUUUGUCUGCCAAAGAAAAGCCGAUGUGGUUCUGAAAGUAUAACCGUGCCGGUCUAUCUAAACCGGUUUAGUGCUUACCUUCAGUGUCCCAAUGAUCGCACGUGAGAUGUUCACUUUGCAGGCUACUGAAAUCGCAUUACGAAGCUCUCACACUGUAAUAAGCGUACGGAAGUGCGCUUUCAUUUCUUUCUUUAGCUGAUUAGAAGGAAAGCGAUAAGAUAGGAGGCGUGGCGGCCAUAUUUGUCCGGUCAGUGAAGAAAGCAUAUGCGAUUAGUGUGCACGCGCCAAUAUUAUAAAUAGAUUUACGAGAGUUAUAUAUGGAGCUUGCGUGUGUGCCAACACGUCUCUGUCAAAACAGUGUACAUGCCUCUUUCUCCACACCUUUUUUUUUUCCUUUUUGUAAAUAGGGAAACGAUAGUAUAAAUAAAUGGAUGGGUGAAAACGAAA